GGUGAGCUGAUUGGGAUGGUGGCCCGGGAAGCUCCUGAGUCUGCCCAGUGCCUGUGCCCUUCCCUGGCCAGCCUGAACGCCAAGGAUGUGCUUCAGAGGAAACACGAGAGGAAGAGCCGACAGCACCAGCGGUUCAUGGCCCAGAAGGCCUUGCUGCAGGAGCAUGGGUUGCGGAGCACACCCCCGGAGCCAGGGUCCUCCCCAGGCACCGAAGCCGCCAGCAGCGUGAGGCAGCGUCCAAGGGCUGAAUCUGGAGGUGCCCCACGCAGCAGAAAGCCCCCCCCCAGAGAAUCUGCUCGGCCCUUGCCCAGCAAGUGCGUGGCUAUCGACUGUGAGACGGUGGGCACGGGACCCCGAGGGCGGGUGAGUGAGCUGGCCCGCUGCUCCGUGGCGAGUUACCACGGUGAGGUCCUCUACGACAAGUACAUCCAGCCUGAGAUGCCCAUCGUGGACGACCGCAUUCGCUGGAGCGGCAUCACCAGGCAGCACAUGCGCAAGGCCAUCCCCUGCCAGGUGGCCCAGAAAGAGAUCCUCAGGCUCCUGAAGGGCAAGGUGUUGGUGGGGCACGCCCUGCACGAUGACUUCCAGGCCCUCAAGUACAUCCACCCUCGGGGCCAGACCCGGGACACCACUUACGUCCCCAGCCUCCUCAGCCAGCCCAGCCUCCACGCCCGGACCCGCGUCUCUCUCAAGGACCUGGCCCAGCAGCUGCUGCACAAGAAAAUCCAGGUGGGCCAGCACGGGCACUCGUCGGUGGAAGACGCCGUGACGGCCAUGGAGCUCUACCAGCUGGUGGAGGUGCAGUGGGAACAGCAGGAGGCCAGCAGCCUCCAACCCCACCCUGAGGACGGAGAGCCCGACAGCAGCACAGACAUGGACCAGUAUAUGGGGGACCCGGCCCAGGGCGCCAGCAGAGGAACAGGGGAGGCACCGGGCAGAAUGGAGUGA